UUUUAGUGUUGCAAUCGUCUGAUGUAACACAUGUUACUCUUUCCUCAGUUUGGACUUUCGACUCUCGCUGUUGUAGUAUUUAACACUGAUGGCUUCGGCUCUCUUUCAGUCCUAUAGAUGUGCUCGGUAGAUUAUUUGAUCUCGAAAUGACAAGCCCUGCAAACCGCUUGGCACUUCACCGUUUGUCUCGAUUCAUCAGUCGACAGAGGCCCAACGUUUCGAAUACUUUUAGUAAAGUUGAAGUUCAUCAGGGUUUUAAAAGGAAUUUUCCCUAUUUGAACCCAAAGGUUGUUACACAAGCAUCAUAUUUGUACUGUAAUUUUGGCGAAUCGCCGCAUUUGUGGAAGGUUAUUAAAGGUCACACAACGAAACAGCUACCUGUCACGGAGAAGUUCCUUGGACGUCGACUCUACAGUACUGUAAAUCAAGGCUGUUCACAGGUAUUGUUUCUUCAUUGAAAACCCUUUAUUGAUAGCUUAAUAAGUUUGAUAGAGGGUUUAUUUUGGAAUUCGGCCGUGAAAUGUGCUUUAUUUUGGUGGAUUACGUAAGAUUCUAGCUAGUACCGGCUUACCCUGUAAUAGCGUUUGAGAAAAAUAAUGGCAUGAAAUUCGACCCUCCGCUUGGUUAGUCUAUUCUGGUUUUUGGUUUUUAUUGAUUAUUACUGUAGCUUCAUUUCUGAGUGUAAAAAUGUUUUAUAAAUGAGAUUAUGGAACAAAGAAGUAAAAGGAAAUGUACUUUAUGAUGAAGGGAUUUUGCCAUACACAGUUCAUGCUUGUCAAAACUUACAAUUCUGAACCAAGCACAACAAUACUCUUGUAAUUAUUGCACUUUUUAUAUCAUACGACUUUCAUUGUUCUCUGAUCUAGUUCUUUUUAAACAGCUCAGAAGUCAUGUCUUUUUUUUUUAUAAUUUCUUUGAAUGAUCACUGACAAUUAUUGGCCUAGUAAGAUUUCUACACAAUUUUUUAUCAAAGAAAUGAUCUGAGGCUAGAUGGAGAGGGAACACUGGAGCUCGGAAUAUUGGAGGGUCUUAAUUGAUUAAUGAUACCCACAUGUUUUUUUUUUUGAGAAUUAAUGAAUUGGCCUGUCAAUUAUUCUGUUGUUAACUUUCUGAUGGUAUUUUUUUUUCUUUCAGGAUUUAUUAACAACUGAAAAAUCAGAAAAGGGGGGUCAAAUGGCAGACAUGGAGCCAUCCAAUUAUUCUGCUCCCAAUGACACUUGGACUGUGGAAUCUCUUGACUUGUAUAAAAAACUAAAAAGUGAUUUAAUAGAACAAGGAAAUGGCGACUGGCUUGAACACAAGAGCUCCAUAUAUUAUGGUGAAAGAAGGCUUUUUACUAAAGCAUUAGUCAAUGAAUAUCCAGGGAAAUUCUUUGAGUAUGUAUUUUUCUGCAGCAAAAAUGAAAAGAAGGUGAAAGGAGUGAUUCAGUUUGGAUCAUAUACCCAGGGACCUCCAGGGUAAGUGGGGCGACAUUCAGUUAUGAGGGAGGGGGAGGUGAUCUCAUACAAGACAUAGAAAGUGAGAAAAUGUGUUUAACAAAUCAAAAGAAACAAGGGCCAAAGGCCAAAGGGUCUUUUAACCCCUGGGAUUGACUAGCAUCUAAUUUCUCCUUAUAAUAUCACCCUUGAAUCACACAUUAAGGGCACAAGAAUAAAGGAAAUGAUCACCAACUAAAGGAGUUCUUGAUUGUUAAACAAAUUCUCCUUGUUAGACUGGAAUGCACUUUUAAUUUAGUGGAGUUUAACUUUCAUGAUCAAGGAACAGGUACUCUCCUGUGAAUCAAAAGCCUGAGGACAGUUUUUACAAGGCAAAAAUUCCCUGGCUUCUCCAGAUGGUUUAUGUUCCAUCCAAGGGAACUACAUGUAGAUGUAAAUGGUGUCAGGUCAGAGGAAUUGGUGUUAAACACCAACCUUGCAGAACAAUUGAGCUUUCAUAAUUUGAUGUCAACAUUUGAACUUUUUGUAGAUGCGUACAUGGUGGUGCAAGUGCUUCCAUGAUGGAUUCUGCCAUUGGUGUCUGUGUGAACAAGUCAUUUCCUGGUUGUGUGACAGCUUCUUUGACCAUGAAUUACAAAAGGUAGGGUGUUUUUUUUAUCGUGAUAUCUCAGAAAGUUAUUGAAUAAUACAGUUCAAGUGUGAAAUUCAGCUUUAAAGAGCAAUGGGAAGAUUGCUACCCAUGAUUAUCUAUCAUUGUUAGAAAGAGUUGUAGCCUAAAGUUAUUUGCAUAAGCUUGUAAUACCAGUGUGCACCUGCCCCAUAUGCCAGACAGUUGUAGCUUUGCAUUUCAACCCUCAUAAAUAUUGAUCAAGCUCACAAAGUCAGUCUGGCCAUCUGAAGUUGCAUGUCGGACUUGGAACCAAAGAGUCAAACACUUAUAGCCUUCUCAGACUAACUGGCUUGCUUAUUCUGUUGGUCAAAGUACUCCAUACUUAAAUUGUACAACUGUGUUUAGAUUUACUCUCUCUGGAGCACAUCCUCUAUUUAGGGUAGUGUUAGUGAACUGGUUACAGAUCUGAAGAGUGGUGGUUCGAGAAUCAAAUAGAAAUCAUAGCAUAAAGGGAUGUAGUGAUUUGAAGUGAGAGGUGUGGCAACCAGGUGACUAGGGUGUGCAAACCAGAAGUUUACUUUGAUUGAAUUGAUACUGUGAAGGUUAGGGAAUGCUGAUCAUUAUCAGACACAGCAGUCCUUUUCAGGACUUCUUACACUUGGAACAUCUUACAACUUACAAAAUCCGAUAUUUACUAGUCCUGUUUGAACCAGAAUGUGGUGAUUAGAGAUUUACCACCAGAAAAUCACUUAAGCAGCUUCAAUGCUGUAGAACUGUGUGUUUAAAAUUAAAAAUUGUGAUGAGAUUUGUUGCAUUUCUUAAAACAGUCUUCUUCCCCUUGGUGCGACUGCUCUUGUUGAAUCUUGGGUUGACAAAGUGGAAGGAAGAAAGGUUUAUGCUUUGGCAGAAUUAAGAUCUCCAGAUGGCAAAGUGUUAUAUAGUUCUUCCAAUGCAUUGUUUAUUCAGCUGCAACCUCAGGGUGAAGAUGCUGACAAAGGGAAAAAUGCAUUUGGUGACAAAAAAUGACAGGUUAAAGAUCUGCAUCAUCUUUGUUGAGGAUGUGCAAGUUUCUUGGCUAAAUUGUCGUCUUCAUAGAGUAGAUCUGGUGGAAACCUGAUUGGAAUCAACUGACUGUGUACUACAGUCGGGUAGUUCUGGAGUUUUUGGUUGAUUUUCUAAUAAGAUUGUAUUUCUUUUUUUAUUUCAAAAUUCUUCAAAUAUACGAGAUGUCUUCUAUCUCAGCGUAUAUGAUAUGAAUCACAGAUAGUGAAAUUUUUAGAAAUAAUAUUGAUCAGUUUAAGCCAACCCAUUAUUUUAAAAUGUUUUCCAAACGUAUGGAUGAAAAGAAUAAUGUGUAUCUUUUUCAUUAUGUUAUUUAUUGGGUCAAAAACAGUCGAUUGUAAUCCUAUCCUCUCUAGUUGUGCAUGGUGGAUUUAGUGGUAGCAAGAUAUUUUCAAUUUUACAACCUAACCUUAGUCUUAACGAUACUAUAUUGUGUGUAUAAACUACAACGAAAAAUAGUGAAUUAGAGAUUCAUUACGAAC